UUUUCUAGUGUGGUAGCCAUGGAUAACGGGAGCAAGCAACUGCACGUCCUCUUCCUUCCUUACUUCGCCACUGGUCAUAUCAUUCCAUUAGUUAACGCCGCCAGGCUAUUCGCCUCUCACGGCGGCGUCAAAGUUACCAUUCUCACUACCCACCACAAUGCUUCCCUCUUCCGAUCUUCUAUUGACAAUUCCCUAAUCUCUAUCGAUACUCUUAAGUUCCCCUCCACUGAAGUUGGGUUGCCUGAAGGGAUUGAAAAUUUCAGCUCCACCUCUUCAAAUGAAAUCGGGGGUAAAGUAUUUCACGGAAUUUAUCUUCUGCAGAAACCAAUGGAAGAUAAAAUUCGUGAAAUCCAUCCUGAUUGUAUCUUCUCUGAUAUGUAUUUCCCAUGGACUGUCGAUAUUGCCCUGGAGCUCAAAAUCCCCAGGCUAUUGUUCAACCAAUCUAGCUACAUGUACAAUUCCAUUCUGUAUAAUCUUAGGCUUUACAAACCUCAUGAAAAACUCAUCAAUCAGAUGGAAUAUUCCAAAAGUACUAAUUUCUCGGUUCCGGAUUUACCUGAUAAGAUCGAGUUCAAGCUAUCGCAACUUACAGACGAUCUGGUAAGGCCUGCGGAUGAGAGGAAUGCUUUUGAUGAAUUGCUCGAUCGAACCAGAGAAUCUGAGGAUCUAAGCUACGGUAUCGUUCAUGAUACUUUUUACGAGCUAGAACCUGCCUACGCUGACUACUAUCAGAAGAUGAAGAAAACCAAAUGUUGGCAAAUUGGUCCCAUUUCCUAUUUUUCUUCCAAAUUAUCCCCAAGAAAAGAACUGAUUAAUUCUUCUGAUGAAAGUAACUCAUCUGCCGUUGUUGUAGAGUGGUUGAAUAAACAUAAGCACAAAUCGGUCCUCUACGUCUCUUUCGGGAGCAUAGUUAGAUUCCCAGAGGAGCAACUCGCUGAAAUCGCAAAAGCUUUAGAAGCUUCUACCGUCCCUUUCAUUUGGGUAGUGAAGGAGGACAAAUCAGCAAAAACCACGUGGUUACCGGAGAGUUUGUUCGAUGAGAAAAAAGGUCUGAUUAUUAAUGGGUGGGCGCCGCAACUAACCAUCUUAGAUCAUUCAGCAGUAGGAGGAUUCAUGACACACUGUGGAUGGAAUUCGGUGCUUGAAGCUAUCAUCGCUGGGGUGCCGUUGGUGACGUGGCCAGUGUUCGCUGAACAAUUCUACAAUGAAAAACUUGUGGACGUUAUGGGGCUAGGAGUGAAAGUAGGGGCAGAAGUACAUAGCUCCGACGGAGGUGUUGAGAUAUCGAGCCCUGUGUUAAGAAGCGAAAAGAUAAAAGAAGCAAUUGAGAGGUUAAUGGAAAGUCAGAAAAUAAGAGAGAAAGCAGUGAGUAUGAGUAAGAUGGCUAAAAAUGCAGUGGAAGAAGGUGGAUCUUCAUGGAACAAUCUUACUGCACUUAUAGAUGAUAUCAAAAAUUUUACUUCUUCUUCAUUGAAGAUCAUGGAUUAACAGCUUAAAGUUUUGAUUAGGGCUUGGCAUAAACAUCGAGAAAUCGAAACACCAAACUGAAUCGAAUUAUUUUGGUUUCCAUAUUUCGGUAUUCGAUAUAUAUUUUCAUAACUUUUGGUAUUUUGGUUCGAUUUUCGGUAUGUAAUUUUGUAUUAUUCGGUUUUCCGAAAUAUAUUAUAUUGUAUUAUUAAUAUUAUUAA